AGGUCUACUAGAGACGAAAGAUUGCCUAUAUAUUUACUCCUUCCCCCGAAAUUGCUCGCAUUGUGCCAAAAUUCGAAACGAGAGAGUGAAAGAGAGACAGAGACAGAGACAGAGAGACAGAGAGACAGAGACGGGGGUUGCUUGAUGCUGAAGGGAGAUAACAGUAACAUAAACGAGAAACAUGGAAAAGUUUAAACGUGUUCCUCUCUUGGUUGUUUACUUAAUUAAAUGUCGCUGUCCUACAACUCGAUCGAUCUUCCGAUCACGAAAUCUAAACACUAAUGUCGCCCCAAAACUGGACUUCACUUCGCAGUAUAUCAACAGUUUAUUCCAAGGCAUAACAAGUGGUAACAGAGCGUCAUUAGCACAAAGCAUUACUUUGGUCGAAUCUAGCAACGAGCAGAAGAAAACGGCCGGCCAGUCUCUUUUAGAUAAAUGUUUAAAAUAUAUUCAGGAGCAAGAAGCACGUUCGAUAUAUCCGACUGUAUCGUUUCGAAUUGGUAUAUCUGGCCCUCCAGGAGCAGGCAAAAGCACGUUCAUUGAAGUAUUUGGGAAAUACCUGACCAGCUUGGGGCACAAAGUUGCAGUCCUUCCCGUUGACCCUUCUUCUAACAUAACAGGUGGUUCUUUACUUGGUGAUAAGACUCGUAUGCCAAUGCUUUCAGUGGAUGAAAAUGCAUACAUCAGACCAUCCCCUGCUAAAGGAAAUCUAGGUGGUGUAACAAGAACAACAAACGAAACUGUCCUGCUCUGUGAAAGUGCUGGCUACAACAUAAUCCUUAUUGAAAUAGGUGUGGGUCAGUCUGAAUUUAUGGUGUCUGAUAUGGUGGAUAUGUUUUGUUUACUAAUUCCUCCUGCCAGUGGUGACGAAUUACAGGGAAUCAAAAAGGGAAUUGUUGAAGUAGCUGAUAUUGUUGUAAUAAGUAAAUCCGAUGGGGAUCUCGCACCUGCUGCCAGAAGGAUUCAAUCAGAAUAUUUAAGUGCACUGAAAUAUUUACAGAGGAAAAGUUCAGGGUGGACUCCGAAAGUAUUGCGAAUUUCUGCAGUUAAGAAAAAUGGAAUAGAAGAACUUUGGUCACACAUGACUGAUUUUAGAAAUAAACUUUCAGAGAAUGGAGAGCUGGUACGAAAGCGAGAUGCACAGCGUAAAAUAUGGAUGUGGAACUACAUCCAGAGUAAGAUGCUAGAUAUAUUCAAAAAUCAUCCACAUGUGAAGGAACAACUUCUUGAAUUAGAACAGAAAGUGUCUCGUCGGAUUAUUAAUCCUGGGUUUGCUGCUGACACUCUUUUGAAGUCUUUCAUUACAAAGACAUGAAAAAUAUUAGUAAAUAGUAUUUUUUCUAGUACAAGACAUUAAAUAAUAUAAAAAUUAUUUGAGAAUGAACUUC